CCCUCGUCACCCUUCCCCCACUAUAAUCCAUCCUCGCUGGCCGUGCGCGGCCCCGCCGGCGGCCCGGGACGUGGCCUACGUGAUGCCCAUGUUGGUCCACGUGAUGGCCCAGCCGGAGCUGCUGCCGGGCGAGGGUCCGGUGGGCCUGGUGCUUGUGCCGCACCGCGAGCUGUGCCAACAAGUGCACAGGGAGAUAGAGGCGUUCGAGGCCUUCACCGGCCUCGUGUGCCGCAUCGUCUGCGGCGGCGCGGACGAGGAGAAGCAGAAGGCGGAUGCCUUGCAGCGGGUGGACGUGGUGGUGGCAACGCCAGGGAGGUUAAUACGAAUGCUGAACAAGCGCUGGACCAAUCUCCGGCGUGCCACCUACGUGGUGUUGGAUGAGGCCGAUGAGUUAUUGAGCCACGGUUUCGAGGACCAGGUGAGACUCAUAAUGUCCCAGAUCCGGCCGGACAGACAAGUGCUGCUAUUUUCGGCCACAUGGGAGGAGGCUGUCGAGAAGUUGGCUACCGACGUCUGCGACUGCAAGCCUAUCCAGAUCAACUGCGGGAACACAAAGCUGUCCGCUUGCAAGGAGAUCGACCAGACUUUCUGGUGCGCUGGUCGGGUAGGGGCCAACUGGCCCGUCGAGGAGUCGAAGGUGCAGGCCUUGUGCAGAGCCGUGCGGAACCUGCUGGAGCCUUUGCGCGAGGGGGCAAAGGCGUUGGUGUUCUGCAACACGAAGGAAGUCGUGCCGAAGGUGGUGGAGGUCCUGAAGGCCGCAGGGCUGCCGGGCGAGGAGUUCUCCAGCAAGCUUUCGCAGCAAAAGCGCGACAAGCUGCUGGAGGGUUUCCGCCAGCACGGCCCCUCCGAGCAGCCGGUGCUGGUGUGCACACAGGUCCUCGGCCGCGGGCACGACUUCCAGAACGUGAGGUACGUCAUUAACUACGACAUGCCCGGGCGCCUCGUGGACUACGUGCACCGCAUCGGCCGCACCGGCCGCGCGGGCCAGCGCGGCUUCUCGCUGACGCUCCUGGAGGAGGUGGACCUGAGGCUGGCCAGGGAGCUGGUGCAGUGCCUGGAGUACACCGCCGUGCAGGGCCCGCCGAAGUGGCUCGUGGCCGAGGCCUCCAAGAAGCGGCAGCAGAAGUACGCCAAGCAGUUCCGCAACGAGGGCCCCCCGGCCUUCGGCUGCGCGCUGCCCCAGCCCGAGCCCGUGCCCACCCGGGAGCCCGGCGCCGCCCACGCCGGCUGGGAGGGGCGCGGGCGGGGCCGCAGGGCCGAGUUCCUCCAGCAGUGCUGCGGCCGCGGCGCCGCCCGGGCCUGACAAGGGCUCCCGCGCGGCCAGCGGCACCGCGGCAAUCGCGGGCUAGCAGGACGAGGAGGCCGAGGAGGACGAGACUGCCCUCGCUUUAUGUUCGCCCAUCUUAGGGAUAGGGAUCAGUUCGAGGCUGGUAUCCGAGGCCGCUGGUCGGGGAUCGCUCGGUGCCCUGGCUGGCCUCAGGAACAGGGCGCGGGCGCGCGCGGGCCAGCGCGCUCCAGAGACCGGGGCGCGUGGCGGGCGCUAAAGACUUCUAUGCUCG